CCAUCCUCGUGCUGUAUAUCUAUUCCCUACCUUACGACCUCUAGACAACUAGACAUGCCUUUCCAGGCUGGUGACGCUAACAAGGGUGCUGGUCUGUUCAAGACCCGUUGCGCUCAGUGCCACACCGUCGGCGCGGGCGAGCCCAACAAGGUUGGCCCCAACUUGCAUGGUCUCUUCGGUCGCAAGUCUGGUCAGGUUGAAGGCUUCUCAUACACUGCUGCCAAUGUCAACAAGGGUGUUGUCUGGGAGGAGGAGACUCUUUUCGAGUACCUCGAGAACCCCAAAAAGUACAUCCCUGGUACGAAGAUGGCGUUCGCGGGUCUCAAGAAGGAGAAGGACCGCAACGACCUCAUUACCUGGCUCAAGGACUCGACCGCAUAAGCUCCGCUUUGCCUUGGGGAUAGAUUUUUACGGACCGCCUUAUAAUACUGGUUACAUCGGUCUUAUUGCAUGUAGACGACCACUGCAUUGUGAUGUUGCUACAUCCCCCCACUUACACGUAACGAAUCACGCAUGAUACCAGA